CGCGGGGGCGGGGCCAGUGGCGGGGCGGCCAUGGCGACGGGCGGCGGCGGCGGCCCCGGGCGCCCGGGCGGGCCGCGGGCCGAGGCGCUGAUUCGAACGGAAAGCAAGAAGAUGAGCAGGCAGACAGAUGCAGUGGAGAAAAGGGGACCGUACAUCAUGAGCAAGCCGCCCUCCAUUCAUGCCAAACUGCAGCGGCAGCGAGAGCUGGCGAAGGCGGUGCUGCGAAGGCAGGGCCUGCUGGGGGGAACCGCUCCGCACCAACCAAAGCCAACAACUAAAAGGUCAGUGAAAUUUAACAAGGGCUACACGGCUCUCAGCCAGACAGCAGACGAACACUUGGUAUCCCUCGAUUCAGACAGUGACGGGGAGCUGGAAUCAAGAUGUUCCUCUGGCUACUCUUCUGCUGAGCAGGUGAACCAGGAUCUGAGCCGGCAGCUGCUGCAGGAUGGGUACCAUCUGGACGAGGUCCCGGAUGAUGAAGACCUGGAUCUCAUCCCCCCUAAACCCCUCGCCUCCUCUUCUUGCCUGUGUUGCUUUGGAGACUCGCUCUCCUGCGUGAUCCAGUAGGCGCUGCUCGGCCGGGUUGCGCAGAACAGGUCAUAAGCCAGCACUUUCUUCUUCGUCCCUUGGGAUGUUUGUGGGUGUCAGUGUCCUGUACUGGGACAGUGACUCAAAAACUGAAUGCUGCUACAUUGCUGUGCUGCUGCUCUUGGUGAGCAGCAGCAGCUGACCAACCCAAAACUACUUUUUGUUACACAUAGCAAUAUAACAGCGAUGUUUAGCCUGCCUGGAUGGGACUUUUCACUUUGCCAGGCACGAGAAGCUCUUAGCUAGCUGAGGUGGGGAGAAAAGAGGCAGAAGGCAGGUGGCCUCCUCAAGGGGUGUAGAGGGGAAGAGCGUGGAGUUCACACUGAUGAGGGGCAGGAAUAUGGACAGCAGCAGCAAGCACACGCUGCGUUGCCUGGCCAGCUCUUUCCUUCCUUCAAUCUGCUGUGCCUGGGAAUUAGGAUCCGGCAUUUGCCCUGAACCACAGCCUGUGGGUGCUGCAGUGAGGGGCUCCUGUGUCUCCCCAGAGACCUGUUCACAGCAGGACCCCAGGGCCUGACAGAUGAGCAAAGGAGGAGUGAACUUCCAUGCUGGAAUAAGCUGUUUGCGAGCUGACUGCCCUGGCUCGGUUGGUCUGCAGGUAUUGCUCUAGCCCUUCAGGAGCUCCCCUGCUUUGUCUUUCUGGGGUUCAUUUUUAGUGGGGGUCUUCACUACAAGCAUUAGUUGCCCUUUCCCAGACCUCCCUCACUCGGAGGUUGUGUUCGUUACCCAUCAGCUGUGAAGACAGACGAUUAAGGAACUCUCCUGUGGCCAGGCCCUAGCCUUUUCCUUCCCUGUGGAGGGGACCGAAGGAACCUUUUCUAUUUAUUUAUUUUAUCCUCAGCACAGUUACCUCUCUCCCCUGGCUGGGUGAGGCCAAACCACAGAGUGAAGGCUAGCAGAGUGCUUGGGAAGUGCUGCUGGGGGAGAGCUGCCUAAUUAAUGCAUUUAAUGCUGCUUGUAGUUGCUGCUGGGUUCCCUUCUCUCAAAGCCUGGACAUGCUAAUCUCAACCAAAGAUUGCUGCUCUGAAGGAUGAGAGAGGACAGUGCAGUGGUGGCUGCUAAGAAGAUAAGAUAGGAGGAAAGCAAAUGGAGCAGACUGAGGCAGGCUCCGGAGCUUUAAGCAUUCGCGUUUGUUAUAUGCACUAGAAGUUACUGCAUUGUCUGCUGAGAACUUCCCUGCUUUCCACAUCUUGGGGGGACCAGUUAUGUGGUUGCUUCAUGGCAGUCUGACUGGACCACUGGUACAUGGUAUUGGAGUAACUCCUCUGGGAUCUCUGUGCUGUCCAAAGCCAUCAUUUCUCUCUGCUUACUCAGGAGUUUGAGGGAGUCCAGGGCCAGUUGCAGCCAUGGGAAGCAGACUCUGGAACAGAGAUGUAAUUUCAGUCUGUUGAGUUUUCCUAAAACUCUCUUUGGGGUAUUUAUUCUCUGCUCAGUCAUAUUGUUGCUGUCAGGUCAGCACAACAGAUGCACCUGUGGGAGCACGUCCAUCCUGCUCUUUGGUAGGAGCACUGGGAAGUUGCUGCCGAUGGCACAUCCAGAGUGCUCCCAAGCCACAGAGUGCUGACCCUGAUGAGGGCACAGCUUGCUGUGGUCCUCCAUCUGUCCAUAGGAAGUCAACUUUGAAACAACUCAACCUCAGAGUGACAUCCUUCAGCACUCAGUGUCUGCCCUGUUUCUGCCGCUUGUUUCCCUGUCCUGCCGGGGUGAAUGUAGCUGUUGAAAUGGCUCUGCUUGGCCUGGUUGUCCCUCAGACGUGAGCAGUUGUUCUUUGUAGUGCGUCUGUGUUGUGGAGGAGGGUGACCAGGGCUGACGGCAAGGUCUGCCUGCUUUGUGCUGGAAUAUAUGUUUUUUCAUUUUUAUUAGAUACUCACAGAAAGGGAUGAAGCUGUGCAAUAUCUCUGCAGAUCUGUUUGUUUGUUUGUUCUUUGUUAGCAGCUGUAGGCUGUAGCCCGCAGGUCUGUGUGUCCACAGCGUGGUGUCCAUCGCAGGAACACUCGUCCGUCCGUAUUGCUGCUGUUCAGGGUCGUGGAUCUGAGGACAGCAGAUGUGAGGAUUCAAAGUGGGGACAGCCUGUGGGGUUGCUCACCUACUGCGGUAACGCUACAGCGGCAGCGACUGCUGCAUCCUGGCUUUAGUGGGGGGCUUGAGAGCAGCAUGUCGUGCUGCUGACAGCCUGCCUGGCACAUGGCACCAUCUGCUGCUGAUGGUUCUCUCUUUGCCUGAUGAAGUCCAUGUACUGUAUUUAUGAAGUGAUUUAUUUAUUUUUCCCCUUGGGCCCCUUUCCAGCUGCAGCCCCAGAGCAGUGCAGCGAAGCUCAACCUUCUCUUUACAUUCCCUUCCUUACAGGGCAGCCCUCUUCAAGGGCCACGUGCUCUCAGAGGCAGAAAAAGAGCAUCGCACAAAGUGCUUGAACUAUAGCAGAUUGGGGUUUGCCACGUAGAAACCUGCUGCCUUACUGUAGUAUGUAGCAAGCAGAAGCAUGUUGUGGUCAGCAUGCUAAUUUGGCACAAGGGAAGGGCUUAGAAAGGAUGUUUUCUUGUUGGUGCGGAGGAGUUAGUGUUACGGGGCUGUGCAGCCUGUGAGCAUGAUGUGUGUUUUGGGGGCUGACUGCUUUUUCGUAUUUAACCUCUGACUUGCCUUCACUUUAUUGAAACAGGGAGUUGAAAAACAUUGUGCUCGCCUGCUAAACCUCAGGACCUUAAUCUCAGCUUUCCAUGGCAGGGGAAGUCGACUUCCUGGUCAGUCUGGUUUUAGCUCAUAGCUUGUCCCAGGUCUUCCCAAACCUGCUUUAAUGCUAGCGAGCUCCCAAGGCAGUAGGAGUGAGCUGUGGCUCCAGUGCAGGCUGCAGCACAGACCCUCUCAGUAUCAGCUGUGCCCAGGUCAGUCAUUUUGUGUGUGAUUUUGGGGCAGGAAUAGUCUGGGGAGUCUAUCUGGUAUGAGUUUAAAAAGCUGCCUUAAAUCAUGGUCCAGCUGUACUACAUAGAGGACAAUCAGCUUCUUAUAAGGAAACCUUGUUUAAAUACUUGAUGUCUAGAGAACGGAACUGUUUUUUUGUAUAUUCCUUGCUGAAGGAAGCACUUAAUAAACUGGAUCUUGUUACUCAAA